GUACAUAGGGUUCUCCAUGAAGGAGGAUCUUUUAAGAAUUCCAGAAUCUCUUCGUAGGUAUCUAAAGGCCUGCAGGUUAUUGUAAAUGAAGAGGAAUAGUCGAGAAUUCUUAUUAAAGUAAUUAUAAUUUAUCCCAAUGCCUAAAUGGUUCCCAAUAAAUAGACUUCUGCAGAUAAGGAUCAGCUCAUGCAUAGUCUUCCUGCUAUGUCUAAUAGCAUUCAUACAAUUUUUUGCUUCAUAUGGCCGCUAUCACUAUGAACAUAUACCUCGGGAACACCUGUUGAACAAUAUAUUUUUCCGUACAAAUCCUAAAUUAGAAAUAAAUAAAGAAAAACCGAAUUGUAAUUAUGAUGGGAUACUACAAAGUACAAGUUCCAUCAACACACUGGAUGUUCCGCAGAAGUUUGGUGACUUCACAACCAAUGGGCUAGCUAAUGGCAGCUACACACCAGAGAACUGCAACCCGCUUUUAAGUGUUGCCAUUUUGGUAACAUACAGAAAUAGACAGAUUCAAUUAGAUAUAUUUAUCCCAUACAUGCACAAUUUCUUAAGAAAACAAGGCAUUCAUUAUACUAUUUAUAUAAUAGAGCAACAAGAUGACAAACCUUGGAACAAGGGCCUGCUUUACAACAUAGGAGCUAAACAAGCCAUUGCGGACAAGUUCCCGUGUCUGAUUCUGCACGACAUUGACCUGGUGCCACUAGACAAUGGCAACCUGUACGCCUGCCUACAAGAGCCUCGACACAUGAGUGCGAGCAUUGACAAGUUCCGAUUUGUCCUAACGUACGACUACCUAGUCGGCGGCGCGCUGGCCAUACGCUCCGACCAGUAUAUUGCAGUUAAUGGGUUUUCUAAUAAAUUUGAAGGUUGGGGCGGAGAGGAUGAUGACUUUGCAGGCAGGAUCAAGGCAAAAAAUUUGAAAAUUUUAAGAUACCCGCGUGAACUGUCAAGGUACACCAUGUUGGCACACCCCCAAGAGAAGAAGAACAGCGAGCGCGGCAAAAUCUUAUCAGUGAACCAAAUGAACUAUAACAAAGAUGGACUCGGCAAUGCAGAGUAUGCAGUGAAGAGUGUGCAUAGAAACAUUUUGUUUACACUGGUUGGUGUCAAAACAUAAUCUAUUGGAACAGUUUUAUGCAAUAAAGUUCUAUGAAAAGCUUAGACGCUUUAUAAGAAAGGAAUUAUGAAGUAUUUUGCUUGUAACAACAUAGCAGGACUGAUUAUAAAAAUAUAUAUUACGUUUGAAUUUAAAAUAAAAGUCUUAAAGUAAUCUUUGUGAAAGAUUUCACCCGUUUGUCUGCUU